AAUCGGGAUUAAGAUUCCACUUUAUGAGGCCGAAAGAUGCUGGGCGUACGCCAUGGAACUCAAAGCCGAUCAGAAAUUGGGUCUGAAAGAUCAAGGCACCCGAUCUCUGCACCACGUGCGCAACAAACUUAAAGUGGCUGCUAAGCACGCAGCACAUCUCGACGAUCUGUGUUCGUUGUCUGGGUUCUGCGAUGAGCGCACUGGGCUGGAAGCCAAGGCGUAUUCUUCUUGGAUGAGUGGUAUCCUGGCUUUUGAGCUGCAGCAGUGGGCUGAGGCUGUGCGACUACUGGAUCUAGCAAAGAAAAUCUGGAAGCAAUUUGCGGACACAUGCCGAUCCGAGGACCUGAAGGCUAUGUAUGUGCAACGUAUCGAGGCACUGGAGCCCAGUAUCCGAUAUUGCGCGUACUCUCUGGGGGACAAUACUGUGCUGGAGGAUCUGCUUUCCAUGAAGAAUGUGGACCAAUCGGUGCUCGCCAAAAUGGAGAACAUUAUCACAGACACCAGUGAAGAGACCUUCAAGAUCACGUGGCGCGAUCGCGAGAUACAAAUACCCAACGACAAGCUGCGCAUGUGCAUCAUGCGUAUCAAUGAGAAGGUGAAAGGCCUAAAACAGGCCCAGCAGAAGAAGGGAAUGGCCACGAGAGACGUGCUCAAGCUGUACGACGGCGUGUUUAUGAGCAUACAGGACGCUUUACAGGCAUACCGCAGCGAGAAGAUGAAAGAAUCCACUGCGCCGAAAACGGACGGGUCCACUGUACUGGUGGGUGGAGGUGGGGAGGAUGCGAACGAGAUACCCAAAGUGGUGGAGUUGUACCUGAACUGCCAGAGAUAUCUGCUGCAAAACGAGCGCAACCAGCUUAUGGUGGAUGCUCCCCGAAGUUCGGGCAAGGAGAAACCGGCCAAGGACAAGGCGGGUGGCAGCAGCAUGUUCUGCACCACAAACAAGCCCGAGGAGAACGUCCGCUUGUACGACUCUAUCCUGCAGAAUCUGACGGGAAUAAUCAAUCUGGUGCGCGACACCGAUCCCCUCUAUGUCACUGAGCUGGAGAUUUGGGCCGAAACCUACCAGGCCUUCCGAGUCUACUGUAUUGCGAAUGCCUACGCACACGUUGGCAAGUUCGCAGAGGCGGAUAAGGUGUACGACCUCUUAACCAAUAUGAUCGCGACUAUAAAUAUGGCGCUGGCGUCGUCCAGUGAAAUGGCAGAGAGAUCGAAACAGGAGAUGUCGGAGAAAAUUCUCAAGUUGGUGUCAAAUAUCCGGGAGCGCAAGUGUAUGCUUAAAGCCGCCAUGCUAUUGGCCUCUGAUGCCUCUAGCAAGGAAGAGACGGGCGUAGCUAAGAUCCCUGCCUGGGACAGACUGGACACUUACGACGACACUCCGGUGAGUGUGCGCAUCGCCAGUGUACCACCCAGCCUGCAGUACGUGGCCUGCAAGCCCUUGUUCUUCGACGUAGCGUCCGCCAAUCUUCCCCUUCCCGAUAUCCAGACAAAAAUCGAGG